AAGCUUCCCAACUCCUUCACCUACAAACCACGUCUCCAUCAAAUUCCUUUCCAACAAACAAAUAAAAAUACUGCAAACGGAGAGAACAAACCAAUCAAAUCAGAGAAUGUCGUCUAUAGGCCCCCAACUCCCGCCUCAACUAAAAAGGAGCCGCGACGACACAGACGAUGAUACGUCAACCACAUCAAACAAACAUGCCCGUCGCGAAGACUCCCUACAGAACCAAGACGAGAUAGACCUCAAUGCCUCCGGAUCAGACUCCGAGGACGACUACGCACCGAAAAUGCCUGCUGCCGCGGCGGCGGCACGAACAGUAGGGCCUUCUCUCCCACCACAUCUCGCCGCAAACAACAACGACGACGAAAUCAACCUCUCCGACUCCGAUUCGGAUACAGGCCCAGCUCCUCCUCCCGGCGCCAAUCCAAACCCCAGCGCCAACACAAACCUCGACUCCGACUCUUCAGACUCUGACGACGACUUCGGCCCAUCCCUCCCAUCAGCCUCCGCCCCUCGUCGUCAAAUCGGGCCAUCACUCCCUGCAUCUCUCGAAGACGACGCUCCUAAGCGCGACGACUGGAUGCUCGCUCCUCCGCCCUCCUCAUCCACCUUCUCCGAGCGCGACACCACCCGCAUCCGCGCCCGCAAAUUCUCUUCCAAACCAAAACCCUCUUCCUCAACCGUCCCCGGCGCGCCAUCCAUAUGGACCGAAACACCAGAAGAGAAACUCAAGCGUCUACAAGACUCCGUCCUCGGACGCACAUCAUCCACGUCCGAUGGCGCAUCCAAUCUCUCCGAGGAACAACAAAGAAAAGCUCGUCGCGACGAGGCCCUCGCGGCAAACAUCCAAGCUCAACGAGGCAAGACGCUCCUCGAAGAACAUCAAGGAGGAAAAAAGGCCGCGACAGCGGUCGGCGGGAAACCUGAUGAGGAGGAGGAGGACGAUCCGAGCAAGAGGGCGUUUGAUAGGGAAAAGGACAUGGCGGUCGGUGGGAGGAUCACGUCGACGCAGAGGAGGGAGCUGAUUAACAAGUCUGCGAAUUUCGGGGGCAGGUUUCAGAAGGGGUCGUUUUUAUAGCGAGUUUCUUUUGCGUUUUUCUUGUGUGAUGAGACUUUGGAUACAGGAUGGUAUUUUGAAUGUCAACAAGAGCCUGGGCAAUGGCAUUGGGUCUACAAAGCAUUUUUCAUAUAUGAUAAUAUAGAGAUGUGAUUAAAAAGCUAGGAAACCAUGGCACCAAGAAUCUGGAGUCUUAUCAAUUUGGAUGAGUUUACGAAUAUCAUCUUCGACAAGGCACUCUUAAUUAGUAUCUUUGGUCAAUAAGC